UCUUUUCUCUGUAGGUGUUAGAUUAUGAGGCCGUAGGUACUUUGAAGUGUUUCCUCUCUCCACAGUCAUUCUCACGAGAGCUGGGUGACUUGGGCAGCUAACUUGAGUGACUCUCUUCAGUGAAGUGUCUUUAUGAGGAGGAGUCCUAUUCAUCAACGCUAACGUUUUCUUGAUAUAUAUGGAGAAAAUAGAAAAUCUCUCAUCUGAUUUGUCACUGAAGAUUUUUGGUGAUUUCCUCUGUUACUCUUAAAAGGUAAAAGGGAGCGUGAUUGGUGGUUAUCAGAAACCCUCCUAUCUAUCUCUUGCUUUAGGGCAGAUGGGAAGACUGCAGAGAGCAAAUAAUUUGAAACUUGAUCAAACACAGUGUGUGUAUGACAGAGGGACAUGAAGAUUUGUCUGACACUCAUUAUUCUCACUUGCAUCGUCACUAUGACCACAUCUGACACUGGAAAUGUUAGGUUGGUGAAUGGUUACAGCCGCUGCAGUGGGAGAGUGGAGGUUUUUCAUAGAGGUCAAUGGGGAACAGUGUGUCAUUAUAACUGGGACUUGACUGAUGCUGCAGUGGUGUGUAGAGAAAUGGACUGUGGAGAGGCUUUACGUGCAGUUGGAUAUGCUUACUUUGGACCAGGAUCAGGACUAAUCUGGAUGGGUAAUGUGAGCUGUAGUGGACCAGAAUCUACUCUGAAGACCUGUGUUUCAAGAGGAUGGGGUGUUCAUAGUUGUGACCAUAGAUUUGAUGCUGGAGUCAUCUGCUCAGAUAUUGGGAGUGUUCGCUUGGUGGAUGGUAACAGUUCUUGUAGUGGAAGAGUGGAGGUUUUACAUGAUGGACAGUGGGGAACAGUGUGCAGUUAUAACUGGGACACAACUGAUGCUGCAGUGGUGUGUAAACAGCUGGACUGUGGAGAGGCUUUACAAGCACCAAGAGAUGCUCACUUUGGACCAGGAUCAGGACCAAUUUCCAUGGGUAAUGUGAGCUGUACUGGAUCAGAAUCUACUCUGAAGAGCUGUGAAUCAAAUGGAUGGGAUGCACUUAAGUGUUUUCAUAUUCAUGAUGCUGGAGUCAUCUGUUCAGUUUCACAGACAGAAAGGAGACCAGCACAAUCAACAUCGAUCACUCCUCCACAAACUCCUGCAGCAGCUUCUCUCUCCAUACCUCCAGUGGUUGUGAUUGUACUGGGAUCUGUGCUCUUACUGCUCUUACUGCCACUCAUUAUACUGAUUCAGCAGAACAGAGCGAUGAGGAGAGCUGUGUCUAACAUGAGACGCAGGACUUGGACUGAGGCAGAUUAUGAGAAGAUUGAUCACAGACGUACAACCGAGGCCUUUUAUAAGGAGAUUGAUCACAGAGACGAUCUCAUAUCUCAAAGGGGAGCCUGAUAUGAAAGUGGUCAUGGACUUCAAGUCAAGUCAAUUGUAUUUGUAUGGCUCUUUUCACAACACACAUCAUUUCCAAACAGCUUUGCAGAAAAUUAUAAUGUAAUGGUUUAGGGGUCAAUUGGCUAUGUGUAGCAUAUUUUAUACAUAAAUUGCUAAACUGAGUUUGUUUUUGGUGUGCAAAAUUUAAGACUAUAGAUACUGAUUGAUACUAAAUUGAUUGAUUAUUAUUAUUUUUUAUUUAUUUAUUUAUUUAUUUAUUUUUUUGGUUAUUUUCUAUGAGCUUGCUAAAAUAAACAGCAAGCUCAGUUUUUAUAAUUUAGUUAUUAUCUUUUAAA